AGCUGAACUCAUCGCUGCACUGAGAACAUCACAUACCAAUCAUCGGUGAGGGAGGUGCAACGGCACUUAAAAAGAAGGCUUGUUUGAUAAAUAUUCAACAUUUUCACCUGACUCCAGAUCACUGAACACAGAGGGACACUUGGCACUCAGCAGUGCAAGACGGGACGUAUAAAUCUAAACCACACGACUCGUACGCUCGUCUUGGUUUCUGGGUUCUAGCUCCACAGAUCUCUUCAAAUCUGAGACCACCACAAACCCCUCUUUGCUUCCUGCGGAGUGAUUUCCCCUUGCAGCAGAAUCUGAGAAACAUACAGAAUCAUAUGAUAACUUUUCCAGACGUGCCACUGAGAUGAAGAACUUAAUUCAAUCCGUCCUCAUCCUCAUUCCUGUGCUCUUGUCAACAACAGGGGCAGAGGAGGUGAUAUAUGCUCAGCUGGGAGACACAGUUUCCUUUAAGCCUCCAGUGGACCCUCAAUCAAAAAUUUAUUAUUUAUACUGGUAUUUUGGUAACCUUGAACUUGCAUGGCGGAAUACCUUUGGCGCAACCGGGUUCAACAAAGAUAAUUGGAACAAUACGUUGUCCUUGUCUGACGACACACUGAUCAUCAAAAACUUCCAACACUUCGGUACUUUUGUCUGUAAACUGAUUAAGGGUCGUGACACAGUCGUGGGCAGCCGCAUAUAUAAAGUACUCAAACUCAACGUGAAUAUGAACCCACCCAAUCCCGUGCUGCUCGACGAAUCUCUAUCUCUGACGUGCAGUGUAGAGAGUCCCAAGAAGCCACAGAUACACUGGCUGAAUCCCCAGAAAGAGAAACUGAAAAGCAACCAAGGACGACUCACACUGAGUGCCACAGGCCAGCACAACGGCCAGUGGACUUGUGUCGUGACAGAUGAUGGAAGAGAGAGCAAAGCCGAAGUCUCCGUUAUGGUUAUCUACCUCUUACCACCUCCUUCACGUACUCAGUAUACGUCUAAAUCCUCGCCUCUCACCAUCCCCUGCUCCUAUCCCUCCCACAUCCCCUGGGAAAAAAUCAAAUCUAAGGGCAUCCAGCAAGUUCACUGGGACUUCCUCCCAGGCUCGACUCUCAAUUCUGGUGAUCCUCAGAGGCUCUACUCCCUUUCUCUGGAGGAAAAACCGACCUGGGAGGCAGACCAAGACAGAGGACUGAAUCCUGUGCAAAACACCAUGAAAGGAAAUCUGUCUUUGACCAGAAAGCAAGGGAAUGAGGAAGAUGGAGGAGACUAUACGUGCACCCUGAAAUUUAAAAACGGUGUAACUCUGAGCAGGACUGUGCACGUAAAUGUGCUGCAAAUCAUCUCCUCUGCAGGGACAGACUUAAUUUCUGGCCAGCAGGUCAACCUGAGCUGCAGCAUCGGCCGUCCGCUGCCGUCCGAGCUGCGGGUGAAGUGGUUCCCGCCUACACGAUCGUCCCAGCCGUCUCUGCUCUCUGACCAUCACCCUGCACACCUCGCCAUCCCGGAAGUGGGUACAGGAGAUGGCGGGAAGUGGAGGUGUGAGCUGUGGCAGAACAACACACGACUGACGUCGGCUGUGAUAACGCUGAAGAUCGAACCCAAGACGACUGUGUGGAUGCUGGUGAUCAUAUGCAGCGUCACAGCCAUCGUAGCCCUCCUCCUCAUCCUCGCUCUCGUCCUCUGCCGGCGCAGACAACAGAAGAUGAGACACCUCAGGCAUCGACUCUGCCAAUGCAAAAACCCCAAGCCCAAAGGAUUCUACAGAACAUAAUAUCACCCAGAAAGACACCUUCAAGAGGACAUCGCAACCAAUUGAAUUUCUGUCCAGAUGACAUGGAUUUUUCAGUCGUAUCUUUCUGCGCUAUGAACCUCUGUUAGGUGUGUUAGAUGAGGCUCUGAAAGUUUAAAACAAAGUUCAGUCAUUCUUAAAAACUGUGUUAUCACAGAAAUGUAUUUUACAGGUGUACAUAUCAGCCAGUUUGGAUUGUUUUUAUAUUUGGAAUUUCUAAAAUUGAUUUCUUAGGGACUUUUCUAUUUUACAGGAUUGCUCUAUAUACUAUAUACUGAUGUUCCAUUUAAUCACUUUAACUUUAUUGUUUGUGGUUAUUACUGUUGCUCAUUGUUUGUGUUGUACUCUCUUUCGUUCACAUUGUUUUCAGAUUUGUCCUUUUGUAAUAAUAUGUAAUAUAUUUUUAUGAUGUUCUGUGAUACUGCUUUGAAAGGCUUGGUUACUUGCGUUUAUACAGUAAAUCCUUACAAAUAUGUUCUUUGUAAAAAAAAUCAAAUGUUGAUACCAAACAGAUAAAUUAGGAUUCUUCUUUACUUAAAUCAAAAUAGGACUCUUUUGUCAGAGAAUUGUUUAUUUGUAGAUUUGCCACUGAAUUUUUUCAAUAAACAGUCAAUAUAUGACAUAAUUGAAUGGUGGUCCUGCAGCAGUGCGGUGGGGCUCACACAAGCGGGGUGGCGUCCAUCUGACAGAUUCGGGGAUACGUGAAGGAACAGGGCACAUCGUACCAGCUGUGAGUGUAGCUGUCCACCACGGCGCAGUCCUCUCCCUCCGCCCCACCGGUCUGGUUGUUGUCUGGCUCUGAUGGCGUCACGCUCCAAAAUCUACAGAGUGACCAGGCAUAAAAAAAAUCAGUGUUUGUGUGUAUGUGUGUGUGUGACUAUCUCAGUGAAGCUAGAUUCUUAACUUUG